AUGAAAUACGUAGUUGUUUCUGGAGGUGUUAUCUCAGGUAUUGGUAAAGGGGUUUUGGCUUCAUCUACCGGAUUAUUAUUUAAAACUUUAGGUUUUAGAGUUACUUCCAUUAAGAUUGAUCCUUAUAUGAAUAUCGAUGCUGGUACUAUGUCACCUUUAGAACAUGGAGAAUGUUUCGUUUUGAAUGAUGGUGGUGAAGUUGAUUUAGAUUUAGGUAAUUAUGAAAGAUACUUAAAUAUUACUUUAACAAGAGAUCAUAAUAUCACUACUGGUAAAAUUUAUUCAUCAGUUAUUGAAAGAGAAAGAAAUGGUGAUUAUUUAGGUAAAACUGUUCAAGUUGUUCCUCAUAUUACUACAGCCAUUCAAGAUUGGAUUGAAAGAGUUAGUAAAAUUCCUGUUGAUGAUUCUGGCUUAGAACCAGAAAUUUGUAUUAUUGAAUUAGGUGGUACUGUUGGAGAUAUUGAAAGUGCUCCAUUCGUUGAAGCUUUAAGACAAUUUCAAUUCAAAGUUGGUUCUGAUAAUUUUGCAUUAAUUCAUGUUUCUUUAGUUCCUGUUAUUCAUGGUGAACAAAAAACUAAACCAACUCAAGCUGCUAUUAAAGAUUUAAGAUCUUUAGGUUUAUCUCCAGAUAUGAUUGCUUGUAGAUGUCAAGAAAAAUUAGAAGCUGCCACUAUUGAAAAAAUUGGUAUGUUCUGUCAUGUUGGACCAAAUCAAGUUAUUGCUGUUCAUGAUGUUAAUUCAACUUAUCAUGUUCCUUUAUUAUUAAAAGAACAAAAAAUGAUGAAAUAUUUAUCUAAAAAAUUAGAUUUAGAAGACAUCAAAUUAUCAGAAGAUGCUUUAAUUAAAGGUGAAAAUUUAUUAGGUAAAUGGCAAAAAUUAACUUCAAACCAUGAUCAAUCUUUUGAAACUGUUACUAUUGCUUUAGUUGGUAAAUAUACUCAUUUAAAAGAUAGUUAUUUAUCAGUUAUUAAAGCUUUAGAACAUUCAUCAAUGAGAUGUCAUAGAAAAUUGAAAAUUGAAUGGGUUGAAUCAACUGAUUUAGAAGAAACUACUAAAAAUACUGCUUUAUCAGAUUACCACAAAGCUUGGCAUUAUGUUUGUCAAGCUGAUGGUAUCUUAGUACCAGGAGGUUUCGGUAGUAGAGGUAUUGAAGGUAUGGUAGCUGCUGCUAAAUAUGCUAGAGAAAAUAAUAUUCCUUACUUAGGGGUUUGUCUUGGUUUACAAAUUGCUGUUAUUGAAUUCGUUAGAAACAUUUUAGGUCAUGAAAAUUCUACUUCAAUGGAAUUUGAUCCAGAAACUAAUGAAGAUACUGCUUCAGUUGUUUAUAUGCCAGAUGUUGAUCAAGUUAAAUUAGGUGGUACUAUGAGAUUAGGUAUUCAUUCAACUAAAUUUACUCAAGAUUCAGAAUGGUCAACUUUAAGAAAAUUAUAUGGAGGUGCUGAUUCAGUUUAUGAAAGACAUAGACAUAGAUAUGAAGUAAAUCCAAAAUUAAUCAAUGAUAUUGAAUCAAAAGGUUUAAAAUUUAUUGGUAGAGAUGAAACUGAAAAGAGAAUGGAAUUAUUAGAAUUAAAAGAUCAUAAAUUCUUUGUUGGUACUCAAUAUCAUCCUGAAUAUUUAUCAAAAGUUUUAGAUCCUUCAAGACCUUUCUUAGGUUUAGUUGCUGCUUCUGCAGGUAUUUUAGAUAAAAUUUUAGAAAGUGAAGAUUUAAAUUAUAAAGGUGAAUUUUAA